AUGGCGAGACUCCGUUUUCCAGGCCGUCCUGGCCAACGAUUUGAUCGUUUAGGGGUUCGAUAUGUCGUCGAUGAACCCCGAAAAACGAUGGAUCCUACGAUGAAAAUCAUAGCUAACAUAUACCGAGGAUUGAAACUGUUUUAUGAUAUAUUCGGUGAAUCUGAUGAGGAAGAUGAGUUUGAUGGCUUCACUGAGCUGGAAGUCACUGCUGCUAAAGAGAAACAUGCCAGUUUGUUACCUGCCAAGGCGCCGCCCCCUGCCAUCUCACUGGUCAAGCCCAAAGCUACCAAGGCGAAGGCUAAAGGGGGGAAGGAAGAUGGGGAGGGAAGAUUCCGGAACUUGGCCCGGAAGUCGUAUGCAGAGAUGAUCCGUGAAGGAUUAGCGCAGCCGGCGAAGAUGCAUAAAUAUGACUUGGCGCGAGCUAAGGUUGAAAGCUUGAAGGAAUUACAGAAAGGAAAGGCGGGUUCUAAACAGUGGCUGGUCGAUGAGGAAUUGGCCGGUGAUGGGUCAACGAAACUGAAAAGUAUUAAGAUCCGUUUGACUCCAGAAGGAAAGGCAAAGAUUGUCCGGGGUCGAGGUCGACCAACAAUCUAUGAGGGUGUGCAGAAAGCCAAGGCAUUGAAGGCUGAGAAAGGGCUGUCCAAGAAAGAGUUGAAGGCGCUGAAGUUAAAGGAGAAGAAGUCGGGGAAGGUGGAAAAGAAAGGGAAAGAGGUGAAAGUGAAGAGAGGUAAAAACAAGGAGCCGGUUUCGAGCAAAGCGAAGAAAUUGUCUGGUAAAAACAAGGAACCGGUUACCUUGACCAAAGCAAGAAAAUCGUCCGUCAAGGAUGUGAAAAAGACGGAGAAGUUACAAAAAACAUCCAAAACUUUGUGCUUGCCAAAGUCGAAGAAAUUUGAUUCUGCGCGUGCAAGACAAUUGGUGGCCAAAGCUAAAAUUGCCGGUAAGAAAUUACAGGACGCGAGUAUUCCACACGAUGAACAAUCUCCUGAGAAACGUAAGUCCGGUUCAUCAAGUGUUUUUCAUUUACCUGCGGUAAGUUCACGGUCGGCACGAAGGAUCAAACCAGCCAAACGAUAUUUGGAAGAGGAUUUCUCAGCUCAGGUUGUGAAAAAGUCACGAUUAGAUGUCAGUGUCCAUGGUCAAGAUGGCGCAACUGCAAGUGAUGCUCCGAUAUUCGGAUCUAAUCUUGUUUCACCAAUGUCUGCAUCGGCACUUCUUGCUGCUGGGAUGGAGCUCUCACCAGAGGGCACGCAUAUCAUCUCUAAAGGAAAACAAGUUGGUCUGUUAGACCGACCUUUAGUCAUUCGUGGUAAGAGGGACCGUAAACCUAGUCAGAAAUUACUCCAGAAAAUGUCUGAUGGCGACCUGACUGGUUAUGAGAGGCCGCAAGCAUCUGGAGAUGAAAGUGACACAGAAGCAGAUGAUGAAUAUAUGCCUAUCAUGAGCACGUUGUCUCCAUAUAAACAAACUGGGUUAUCGUGGUUACAAACGGAACAUAUCUCCCCACAACCGAUAUCGGCCAAAUCACCGCAGACAUCCUUGGAGCUGGACGAAAUGUGCCGCAAGGCAGCGUUAAUGCAAAAGAGUGGUAAUAGCGUCCUCCAGAAGCCACGGCUGCACCUCAACCGUGCCACCAUAAACCGGUCGAAAGUGGCGGUCGCUAAAUCUCUCAAGAUCCAGAUGAGGAAGGCAGCCGAGGCCGAACAGAAUGUGCAGAAGCUGUCAAGUGCUGUUGGCAUCGUGCCGAAGGUGAAUGAAGAGGAGGCGCUGGUCACUGGCAGUCCUGGUGCGUCUCCUCUCAAGGGACAUGCUGCUGAUCAUCAAGCGCUAAAGUUGAAGAAGAAAGGCAAGAAGUGUAAAGUAUGCAAGGACAAGCAAAUAGCGUUGACAGUCUAUGAAAGUCUUACGUGUUGUACCAGUUGUAAGCGAUUCUACUCCCGAUGGCAAGAUAGAAUAGACCACAAGGAGCCCAUUCCUUGUUGUACUCAGAAAGGAAAGUGUAAGAUUUCCAAAUUACCCAGUUUCUGCCGUUGGUGUCGAUUGGAAAAAUGUUUCCGGCUGUAUUCAAGAGGGGAGGAAUAUCGCCUUCUUGCGAAAAACAUGUCAUCCAGAGCAGUCCCAGGAACAGGAGAUGCUGGAGAGAUUACUCCAGCUGGUACAGAAAAAACGGCUCUAGUGUCCACAGAAUCGACUGAUGUUGCUCUAUCGCAACCAACGAAGGUUUCAUUUGACCAUAAGGCUCAAAUGUUAGAGCGUUAUGAUGAUACUAUCGCCGAUGUGAUGUUGCGGGUAUUUGGGAAAAAGGCCGAGGGUGCUGCUAAAGAGAAACGAAAUGCUUCACUGAAGGCAUCGAGAACGAAAUCUAUCAUUAAAAAGUCAUUGCGGACUGCCGAGGCUAAGGUAGCCAAGUUUAAACCAUUUUCGUCUCAAACUCCCGUGCUCAUGAAAUUAGAUGAAGACGGUGUUUUAGUUCGAGUUGAUGAUUCUUUACGAACCACUGGUGAUACUUCAAGUACUCUCACGGCAUCCGAGGGCAGCCCCCAAUCAGUCACUUCUCCUGGUGCAUUGGUUUCACCGGUUGGCACAGCGGGACCGAGGAUCAAACACGUGUGUCGUCGAGCGGCUGUGGCACUUGGAAAAAAGGUCGCCACAUUCCCCAAGCAUCCGCAGUUGAGGUUGAGUGCACUUCCUUAUAAUGACAAGGCAAGGUUGCUGCACAGGGAUGAAGGAGAUUCGUCCGACUCCGAUGACCUCCCGAUUGAGGAAAUCAUCCGGCGUGCCAAGGAGAAAGACGACGGCCGAGAACCAGACGAGUUGUCCAAGAGGACACCGUUGAAGACGUCUGCAUUCCAUAAAAUAAGCAAAAUCAAGAAACGCCUCAGUUUGGAAAGAAAGACACCAAAAAUGGAAUUUACCGAUGAAAAGCCAGUCGGGAAGAGGACGAGACGCAGCCGUUGCCAUAAAUGUCGUGGAUGUUUGGCAAAGGAUUGUGGGAGAUGCAUUAAUUGCUUGGACAAGCCCAAGUUCGGUGGUAGAAAUACUGCUAAGCAAUGCUGUAUUCAUAGAAAGUGUGCUAACCCACGCUACAAGGUCCUAGGAGCAGAAAUGUACGCUGUUGGUGUCAAGAAGAGAUUUGAUCCAAAAGUGUCCGGAAUGGGGGCUCCUUCUGAAGAUGUUACUGAUGCCAUCUCCCUGAAUCCUGCCAUAGCAAGCAAAUUCUCACCUGGAAUGGAGCUGCGGGUGGAAUUGGAGAGAGUGAACAUGGGAAUGCCUGGAAGGAGACCAGCGAAGAAAAUAGUAAAGCCGGACAAGUUUGGACAUCGUAUGGUGCUCCAGUCUGUCGUGCCUGCCUCAAGACGGCAGUGGCCGACCUCCCUCCCUGGCAGGCAUCUCAUCCAAGUGAAGCAUCCAGAGCGCUAUGACCCAGAUGCUGCAUGGGUGCAAGGAUACUCACUGACGACGGCUGUUCCCUUGUGUAUCAGAACUGUGUGCUUUCUCUGCGGUAGUGCUGGAAAUCAUGAGUUGACGUACUGCAGCAUCUGUUGUGAACCAUUCCACUCGUUCUGUCUGGAGGAACACGAGAGGCCAUCUGGUGACAAUGUGGAGAACUGGUGCUGUCGUCGAUGUCAGUUUUGUAACGUCUGUGGUAAAAUGUGUAACUCAAGCUCAAAGCUCCUUACAUGUGAUAAAUGUACAAAUACGUAUCAUCCAGAGUGUCUGGGACCAAACUAUCCAACAAAACCUUCAAAGUUAAAGAAAAUCUGGAUUUGUACGAAAUGUGUGCGGUGUAAAAGCUGUGGUGCUACAACUCCUGGUAGUCAGUACAAUGCUACUUGGACACACGACUUCUCCCUCUGCUUCGAGUGCGGCCAUCUGAUGGACAAAGGCAACUUCUGCCCUGUGUGCCAUAAGACUUACGCAGAUGAUGACUGGGACAGUAAGAUGGUGCAAUGUGCUGGCUGUGAUAGCUGGGUCCAUUCAAAGUGUGAGGAUAUCAAUGAUGAAAUGUACAACAUCCUCUCCUUCCUGCCUGACCAUAUCGAGUUCACGUGUCGUAAAUGUAGCCUGGAGCGUCCAACAGUCUGGGAGAUUGCUAUCAAGGAUGAGAUGGCAGCUGGCUUCAACAUCAUACUCGCCAGCCUCCUCACCUCCAAGGCAGCUCAUCAUAUGUCACGAUAUGACCCCAAAAAGGAAGAGCAGAUGAAGCUUCAGAAGCCGAGGCUGCCGUCAACCUCGUCCACAAGCCCUAAAGCCUCCCAGUCAAUCAAAUCUGAGAACUCCGACCAAUCGGGUGAUGCUACACAAGAGAAGGUUUCACGGGUUCUGCGUGGGAGAACUGUUCGGGCUGUUUCAACUGUGGAGGAAGAACAACAUGAGGAAAGUACACAUGUUACAAAAUGUAUCCCUUCAGAUCUGGGAACAGAAACGCCUACAGGGAACCCUAAAAAGGAGACAGAUAAUGGUUUGUUUGGGACUGAUGGUGAUUCAGGGAGUAAAACUGUUAGUGAAUCCAAGUCUAGUUUGACUUGUGAUGCUGUCACAAAUGCUGACAGUGCUUUGUCUGCAGAAGUCGUCUCAGUGGCAAGUAAGGGACUUGAGGAUGUGACGCGGGUUUUAGGUGGAAGAAGUUCAGGUGUUGCGAACUCGGAAGAUACCCAGGAUGAAAUGGAUUGCUCGGAGUCUGGGGAAAUGGUGCCAAAAGUUGAGGAGGUUAAAAAUGUGGAUGGUGCUUCAGUAGAUGAGCUGGGAAGCUGUUCAUCAGGUGCUAAUGACUUGGUUGAGACCAUGGAGACUAGUGUGCCUGCUCCUGUGGUGGAGCUGGGGUCUAUCUUGCCUGCUAGACGCGUAGGCACUUCUCAGGAAGCUAAAACCGGUGAAAAUAGAACGUUAUCUAGUGUUUCAGAGAACUUAACUAUAUCUGCUAUUAAUGUUGUCUCUGGUGAACAAACUGAAUCAAAAAAGGAUCGAGAAAUUGAUUCCAAUGUUUCCAAUUCUUCCCCCACCAAAUCGGAAGGUUCAGCCACUGAAGCAAGGGACACAACUCCUGCUGCCGCAGCAGAUAAGAAAGACAGUCCUGUCAUGAAAUUUUCAGACCCAGAAAAGUUGUUAGAGACAAGUACAGACAGUUCAAAAAAUGACAAUUUGAGUGCUCAAAAUCCAUGCUCACCAUCUUUAGAAGAUACUGGACAACAUGGUACGUCGAGUGAGCAUAAGGAGGUGGAAAAUCCAACAGGAACUGAUGGCCAUGAUGAAACAAAUCGCCAAGAAAAUAGUACUAAAUCUGUUGUUGACAAGGAGGUGAGAAUACAGUUGGAUGCACCUGGCGCGCUGGGUUCUGUUGUGCCCCCUGGUGGCGAGGAGGAGGAACGCAAGCGGGAUUAUCCGAAGGAUUUCACGACGGUGAAACAGAUGGUGGAAAGUAAAGCCUAUACUGAUGUGGAGCAGUUCAGUGAUGAUGUGGUACGGAUCAUCCAGCGAGCGUUGGACAUGAAUGACGAGCUGCCGCUGACCAAGCGCAAGCAGAACCAAGUUGUGCGGGGCAUAUUUUUCAAGCAGAUGGAGGUCUGUUUCCCAUGGUUUAACGCCAAGACGUCCAAGCUGUGGGGACAUAAUAAAAACCUUCCAAAGGACAUGCUGCCAGAUGCGGUGAUCCCUCCCUCCUUGGACCACACGUAUGCCCAGUGGUUGAUCCGUGAAGAGGCCCCAGUCUCCUCUCAGCCGUCGCCGUUCAAGAAACUGCCACAGACGCCCAAGAGAGAUCUUGUGCCAUUCCCUGGUUUUGAUGAUGAUGACACCAUGUCGAUUGCCACAUCAGAUGUUGCAGAGUCAAUCGGUGAUGACAACAGGAAGUGUUCCUUCUGUUUCAAGUUUGGAGAUCAUCUGCCCGACAAUGCAGGCCGUCUGCUCUACCUUGGCCAGGAUGAUUGGGUUCACGUCAACUGUGCACUGUGGGCCUCGGAAGUGUUUGAGGAGGUUGACGGCUCCCUGCAGAAUGUCCAUGCCGCUGUCUCGAGGGGCAAACUCAUGCGAUGCAACAAAUGUAAUCGUAAUGGUGCAUGUGUUGGCUGCUGCAUGCGAGGCUGUAACGUGACGUACCACUUCAUGUGUGCCAGGGAUGAUCACGCCGCAUUCCAGGAGGACAAGAAGGUCUUCUGCAAGCUGCACACCGACCAGACAGAUGCACCGUUGAUCCAGAACAACCGAUUUGCUGUUCUGCGUCGUUCCUGUGUUGAUCUAGAUGCUGCCAAGAAGUACCUGAAGAAGUCAUGGUCUGUUGGCUUUGAUCCAAAGAAGCUCUCCAUAAUGGUCGGCUCUGCUACGGUGGAGAGUCUUGGUUAUCUUAUGCCCUUGUCUGACCAGAGGGAUUUCCUCGUCCCGGCCGAGUACAGCUGUACCCGCAUGUACUGGAGUACCCAGGAUGCAAGGCGACGAUGCAUCUACACGCUACGUAUCUUUGAAGUGAAGCCUGAAGAGCAGAUGCCAGAAUUUGCCAAGGACAUGACGUACCAGCAUGACUUGAACCACCCAGACUACAUCCCACCCAUGGAGAUCCCUGGAAUACGCUCAUUAAACUUAUCGAUUUCAGUCGAGGAGAAUACUUCGCCGAAAAUCACGGAAUUGUUUGAUGAGAAUCUUGGUAGUGACUCCAAUCUGAAAACUGAUUUCUCCCGUAGUUACCCGGGUGUGAGGCUGUCUUCAAUCAAGACAGACGAUGCUCUGUCUAAGUCAUGGCCAUUGCACGACAGUAUGGAGAAUCCGCUGAAGCAGUUGUCACCGAGCACGUUGAAAUUACUCGGAGAUGUUGCCAACAAGUCGCCAACACCACCUCUGCGUGACCAGGAUGAUCUUCCCAAUCUUUCAAGUUUGACGCGGAUUGCAGAUCGGUUGAAUUCAGCUGCUGCAAAGAGUAGAAGUCGCGAAGGUUCAUUGGAGAGGCAAGUCCUAUCGGUAGAUGCGAGCAGCACGCCUGAGUUACCAAAAGUAUCCCGAGGAGAGGCAGAUUCACCAAACGCUCCAGUUUUCUCAUUUAAUUCAGUAAUGGCGGAAAAUCCUGUGUCAGACGUCCAGAAAUCAGGUGUCUCUGAUGAGGCAGGAGCUGCAGAAGAACCUCGUAUUGACCUAAGUGAAUCAGUUGAAUCUGUGGAAUCUCUCAUCCUCCAGAUAGAAGGUGCUUUACCUGAUAUUGGUGAGGAUGAGCUCAUCCUACAGGUCGAUCCCAGUAUUUUUGAUCAGCUUCAGAGUGAGGAGGAGGGUGGGAACGAGGUUGUCUUUAUGUUGACAGAUGGGAGUGAGGAUGAUUCCAUUGUUAAAGCAGCAGAUCCAAAAGAUAGUGAAAUUGACUUGAAAGCAACCGAGAAUCUUGGUGUGGUCGAGUCUGAUCAAAUCCCUGCCAAGUCAGUCGAAUCGGAUUCGCUGAAAUUGGAUGAGUCUUGUGUCGUGCAUGCUGCAGAAUGUCCUGAAGGUGGUCAGCCAAGUUUAAAUGAAUAUGAACUGCCACGAAGAGAACCUUCUUUGCCGAUUAAUAGCACAAGCUCACCUAAUGGUAGCGAAAGUUUAAAUAAAGAUGAUCGCAGUGCCGAAGAUGCUCGAGAGACUGAUACUGACUAUUUGGAUGUUGUCCCGUCAUUGGAAUGUGAUGAGUUGAUGUCUGCUCUAGAUCCUGACACCGACCAGCUGGAGGAUCGUAGCCCUGGCUCUGGUGAACCAGGCCAGGCAGCUGUCAAUGGGGGUGGCAGCGGUGAAACGGAGGCCAGCUCGAAUCUCUCUCAGGAAAUGGAAGAAGAUGGUGUCGGGCAAGGGACAAGUGAUGGUUCUUCCUCGUACGUAACAGCUGAAGAUCUUUCCUCCCCAACAAUGUUGGAAAACACAGUUUCUCCAGUAACGAGCGAGUCCUCACCGCAAGUGUUGAUGUCUAAAUCAUUUGAGAAGUCUGUUGAGACCAGCAAAAAAACAGGUGACAAGGGAGUUCCACAACCUGUGUGUGUUCAAGAGCCUCUGGUUGCAGAAAAGCUGACCAACGUGGAGUCGCAGCAAAGUUCCCUGAGUUCUGAACCAGAAACAUUACCAGGACAGCCAAAUUUGUUGAGCGGUAUUUCUCCGGUGUCCAUUCAACUGACCGAAUCUCAAUUACAAAAAGCUGCCGAGUCCCUCAAAAAGUCUACGCGGGGUAGCAAGCCAAAGGGGACAGUGGUUGAAUACAUGGAUGGAUUGGUGUCUGACAUGCUGAAAGGAACACGCAUCCCACGUUCACCUGCGUCCAAGCUGCCAACCGUUCAUGAAUUGUUGGAGAUGCGAAAGGUCCAGGGGAAUGAUGCAGCGGGCAAGGAGGUGACAUGCAAUGAGGCUCUCAAGUCCUCAGAUGGUGCUCUCUUAAACCAAGCUGCCCCGACCAACCAGAGAGUUCACCAUCCCUGUGUGGAUUUGCAGCAAGUGAAUCCUGCUGUGAGUAUGAUUAUGCCGGCUGCUAUCGGUGCUCCAAUGCUGCCUCCACCACCAGUACCAGCUACGAGCAGCAUGAUACAAACUGUCAACAGAGGAUUUUCAUCAUACGUUGAACCAGUUCAUGUGAUGCCUCAAGCUGCUAUACUACAGCGUGUUCGAUAUGUACCACCACCAGUUCCCUAUCAAGAACCUGAACGUGUCACAGAAGUUUUUGAUAAAAACAAUGUGCUCAUUGGUCACAAACUUCGCAAGCCAGUCUACAAUAGAAGUGGUGUGCAGAUUGGAUUUCAUUUUGAGUGGGUGGAUCCUGGGCUGCCCAAAGUGGAGGAGCCACCACCUGUGAUGGUCUCCACUGAAUCACAGAGUUCACUGUCACCGGAGAAGACGGGUAGUGAUCUGGAAGAUGGUGAUGAGGCAUUAGAUGGUGGGAGUGCAUCUGACUCUGAUUGUGUCGUGAUUGAAGAUCGUCGGACUUUACAGAAGGAUGAUGCUAUACCAAUCAAGGAGCCAGUGGAGACUGCAGACAACAUAUUUGAAGCCAUCGUGGGACAUGCUAGAUCAAAACGUGUGAAAUCGCUUCAAAGAAACCCGAGGCAUAUUGUCCAGAAGAAGGAAGCAGCGGAACAGAUCGAAGGAAAAGACGUGGAGAUACGAAAUAAACGUGGCAAGGAUAAUCAGCCAUCGAGUAGCGAAAAUAAUACCUACCCAGGGAACGGAAAUGAACCUGAACCUGAACCGGUGGAGGAAGUUAAAAUGGUCAAAACGUAUCCCCUUCGUCGGACAGCGCAGCGGAAGUCCGAAGCACGUAUGAGAGAGUUAGAAGCAGCCGCGAGUGCGGCCUGUAGUGAACCAGUAUCCUUGCAUGAUAAGAUUGUGCAGAAGAUUAAGGCCAGGAGCUUGGAACGUUCAAAACCAUCCGAUGCUGGUCCUUAUAAAUGUAAGUUAUGCAAGCGAUUGUACCGCACCCAGGAUAGUUACAAGACACAUAUCCAGACAUGCAACUUUGAAGUCAGUGAUAGCGAAGAAGAGGAAUUACAAGAAACGUCUGCCAACGUGAAGAAGGCAACAGAAAAAUAUGAGAUGAAAGAUGACGGAAGUGAAGUGACACAACAGGCAAGCGAUGUUGCCAUGGAGACGGGUGAUGGUGAUGCAUUGGUUCUUCAAACGCGUCUUCGCAGUGGUCGCUCAAAAACAAAGAUUCCAGUGCCGAGGGAUUCAGCCAGUCCAUCAAAGGUCAUUGAGAAUUUCCCUGAUUCUAAACAUGUUGUGGAGACAUCAGCUGAUGUUGAUAUUCAGAAUAAACCUGAUGUGGAGAAUGGGAAUGAAAAUAACCACGCUCUGCGGAGUAGUCCUGUUACACCGAAUACACCUACGGAUGCGAGGACGGAAGGAACUCCUGUUGUGGAGACUCGGGAACAAGUAAAUCAGGUUGUAAAGCAUAAUACACUGGAGAACGCUGCUCUGGAGAGUGGUGUUCAACAAACUCCUAUUGUCGAAAUCCGUCCUCAGUCUAUGCCUGUUGAGGAAAGCACGACAGUUGAUACCGCAGCUCUGGCAAGCAGUACACCAAACUCCCCAGUUAAGGAGGAUUGUACACUAGACUCUCAAGAUGUUGGCAGCAGUUUGCACAAUGCCCUUGCUUCGGGAAGUAUGGCCUGGGAGAGAGGCAUUGGUCGUGGGAGAGGCAGGGGCCGAGGACGACCAAGGGGGAGACCAGCAAAACAACCACGCAUGGACACCCACAGUGUUGACCAAGACUAUCAUCAUGAUGAAACUGAGUUUGAUCAUGUCAGUGUGACUCCUGUCAGGCGAGGCAGAGGGCGCCCUCGUGGACGUCCACCAUCACAUUCCUCAAGGAGAAGUCCAGGAGAAGGCUUUACAGAAUUGCCACAGGAGUAUGAUGAGUUAGAACAUUCACUCGAAGCGCGGAGGAGUCCUCUUGGUGAGGUUACUGACACAGGAUUCGAUGAUGGCGAUCGUGUCAAAGUGACUUUACGUAGCGGGCGCCUAGCAAGGAAAUUGCCUCUUCAUGUGAGUGAUUCUGAUGAGGAUAUCAGACCGACUGUUGCCAAGCGCUCGCGAGGUCUACCGCGCGGGCGUGGGCGUGGUAGAAAAAGGCACUCGUCACCAAGGUCAAAUGACCCUGAUUUCAGUCCAGACGAUGACUUACACAAGCGACGAUCGUCUGGUUCGCCACGGAGUCGUAGAUUAUCAGAUUCUUCAUGGAGUGAACAUAUCAUUGUCACUAAGACGCAUGUGUCGCCCAGUUCUCAAAAUCCUCUUCGGACAGAGUCGGAAAAUCUAUCAAAAAGUCCUGAAUUUUCAAGUCAACAAAUUACUAGUUCUAGUCCAAAACAGACAUCACAUGCUAUAAAUAUUGUGAGUAUGCCAUCACCAGCUGCCAUGUCGACAGUUAGUAUGUCGUCCGGACCUUUUUCAGCGUCGACGACAGUGAGUCGGAAACCUGAUGAUGCAACUGUUAUAUCACCCGUCCAAACUUGCACCAAAGACAGUAGUGUGACAUUAUCGGAUGAAUCGAUGGGAGAUGUCCAGGAAGACUUCAGUAGGAAGUCGACCUCUCACUCACAGGAAGUGACUGACAGUCAUAUGACAGUGGUUGAAAUGACUGAUGUGUCACAUGGUGAUAAUGCUGUAUCAAAUAGUCCAAAACAGGAAUCACUGCCAGUCAAGAAGACACCUAGUCCUAAAGAUUCUCACAAGAGGACAAAUAUCUUUGAUGUAUUUGGAAUGGGUUCCAAAUGCGAUACGGAACAGCCCGAAACUAGUCAUGGUGGAGUUGGUCGAGAUGUAGCAGCCUCUGGUGCUGGAUUGAGCUUGGCUCAGGUGCGGCGGAUAUCAAAUCCCGUCCAGAAAGAGGUGGGGGCUGAUUCAGGUUUGGAUACGGAUAGUGAAAAAGAAGUUACAGUCAAACAGCGGCCAGGAGAAUCGGAGAAACGUGAAAUCGGUGUUCAGGCAACUUUGGAGGGAUCAGCUGAAUUGGGGCAUAGUUUUAAAAGUGACCAGUUUGGGGCAUCUGAGAGAAUGCCCACCCAUGGUGGUGUUAUUACCGCUAAAGAAAUGGCGCCAUCUUUCUCGAGUGUCAUGAACCAGGAAUUGGAGUCUCAAGCAGAUGACUGUGUGGUUAUCCCGGUGUCCACUUCGGAUCUACAACGAAAGCUCGUCAACAUCCAACCCAAGAAACAAUUCCAGACUAUCAUGAGACCUGUGAUUCAGAAACAACCAGAAUAUGUUUUGAGUCCUCCACCAGGAAGUGGCAGUCUUGGCGGGAUGUUGAUCGAUCUGAACCAACAUCGAAUGCCUGUUUCCACGGUUACGUCAACAAUCGCGUACAACGUGCCAGGCUUAGUUGGUCAACCUGCGGCUAGCACCAUAGCAGCACAGUCGAUGCCUAUUUUUCAGGAUCCGCUGGGGAAUCUCCUGAAUCCAGGCGUGCAGAAUGUGAACAUGAUACAAAGUGGCCUGAUUUCUCAACAGCCAACUAUCCUCCCACAGACUAUUCAUACACAGACAUUCCAGAAUUUAACAGGACUAACCCAGGACAUGCUCCAGUUGGCACAUGUGCAGGGUAAUCAGAUUGUACUGCCGGGAUUGACUGCCGAGCAGGUUCAGCAACUCACAGGGCAGAUGCCACCUCAAACAGUCCACCAUCUCCACCAGCAUCCCAUGAACCAGAAUCCGCCCACAUCGCACAUCUUGCACAUGAGUGUUGGAGGACAACAGUUGUUGGCAGCUAGCCAGCCCCAGCAGACGAUGCCUAUGCAGAGCUGGCAGAAUGUGAGUGCGUCUUCAAUGAAUGUCAGUUACCUUGGUGGGCUCACAGGAAUUCAUGCGCCAAAUAUGCCAGAUAAAGCUGCAAUCAUCUUGAAGGAUCCCAACAUGGUCAAGACACUAGCGCCUGUCCCAACAACCGUGGGGCAAAACGUCACUGUCAGGAAGUACGUUUUACCAAAACAAUCUUCAAGUAGUUCCUUCAGAAUUCCUAUGGAUAAGCGAGCCAUACCACCAUUAAAGAAAAGUAUCCUCCCUCAGAAAAGAACAGUAUCUGUUUCUCAACCGACACGCCAAGGAUCUUUGCCAAGUCGAGCGAAUUCAUUGUCUAUGCCAGCAACAUAUACUUGUACGAGUUCACCACAAGUUGUUUCAAGACAGCUGCCGUCUGUCAUCACAUACAAAAAAAGCUUGACUGAGUCAUCUUCCUUAGUUAGCCAAGCGAAGCCUCGGACAACAACUGCUGUCCACCCGGUACCAGCGUAUUCCAUUGACAAUUCAAAGACUGCACCACGAGCUGGUCGGACAAGUAUUUACAAGUUACCGCAUCUCGAUCCAAAACGGGCACAGUAUGGAAAACCGUUGAAAAAGAAAGUCGGUAGGCCGCUGAAAUCCUGUCUGAAACGAAAAGCGGAGGGACAGAUAGGGAAGUCCAAGGUGAAGAGAAAUAAACCUUGGCAGUAUGUGGAUUGUCUUGGAACCGUUCAUACCGGUACAGUGCAACGGGUACGUGAGCUGAAGCAGGUGCAGCCAAGUAGGAACGUGGAUGGCUGUGUGGUGACGUCGCAUCGGUUGGAGCGGUUGAAGACUAAGCCAAGCAUUGCUGACAGGCCAACAACGGACACACGCCACACGCAUUUACUCCACGAGAAGCAAAUGACAUCCCUACCACAGAUCCAAAAUGAGGAAAUUGCGGAGACAAGCACUAAUUUACCUGGAAAUGUUUCCUCUGAACCGCAGCCGCAACUUGCUGCAGAUGGCUCCAGGCUAAUGUACGAGAUCACGAGCGAUGAUGGGUUCAAAGUGCAGGCAGAGUCAAUGGACGAAGCCUGGAAAAUGUUGACGGAGAAACUACAAGAUGCACGGGCGAACGCAAGGAUGAAACAGCUCAGCUUUGCUGGUGUGAAUGGUGCUGACAUGUUCGCUGUCUCCCACGAUAACGUCGUCUAUCUCCUCGAGCAGCUCUUUGGUGCCAACAACUGCAGAAACUACAGAUUCAAAUACCAUGACUAUGACCAGUCACAGAUAGAGGAGGAGCCACCCCUCAAUCCGACCGGUAGUGCCCGUUCAGAACCGUUCCGCAACCGCAACCCGUACGAGAUGUUCAGCUUCCUGCUGUCCCAGUUCAGGCGACCACCAGAGUAUAACCCUCACAUGAAGUCCAAAACGAAUUCAGCCGAUGUGGAUACAUUACAUAAAUCAUCAAGGCGUGCCACGAGUAUAGAUCUGCCCAUGGCCAUGCGCUUCCGUCAUCUACGAGGCCAUGCCAAGGAAGCCGUAGGUGUCUACCGAUCGCUGAUCCACGGCCGUGGCUUGUACUGCAAACGAGCCAUCGAUGCUGGUGAGAUGGUGAUUGAGUAUGCGGGCGAGGUCAUCCGCUCCGUUAUGACAGACAAGAGGGAGAAGUAUUAUGAAAGCAAGGGCAUUGGUUGUUACAUGUUCCGUAUUGAUGAUUAUGAUGUCGUAGAUGCUACAAUGCAUGGGAACGCAGCGAGAUUCAUCAACCAUUCCUGUGAUCCCAACUGUUACUCGAAGGUGAUCCAGGUCGAGGGCAAGAAGCACAUUGUCAUAUUUGCCAUGAGAGCGAUCCAACGUGGUGAAGAGCUCACCUAUGACUACAAGUUCCCGAUAGAAGAUGUCAAGAUCCCAUGCACGUGUGGGUCAAGGAAGUGUCGCAGAUAUCUCAACUAGGAAUUUAUCGCCAUCUGUAUUGGGAGCAAUUGAACGGAGAUCUCUAGUCAUGAGACACGCACCAUUAGUUUGAGAACAUACUGGGUGCAAAGUUGUCGGCGUCUGUUCAAACUUGCAAAGAUUUACAGAAAACAAACUGGGAUCUUUAAGAACGAGGAAAAUUAUUUAUUUUUUAAAAAAUCUUUAACUCAAUAGUGACUCUCAAGAUUUGCUAUAAAUGAUGUAUGAAUGUAUAAAAAAAUGAGUAAGAGUGGUAUGGAGAACCAAAUAACCUUUUUCAUAAACUUAUUCAGAAUGUUUACCUGUUCCAUGAACAGUUAGGUGAUGUGAUCACAGCUUUAACUGAUGAGGAGUGUUUGAUCAUUUCGAUGGAAAAUUAUUGGAUAGUUUAAGAAUCCUUUCGAAAAAGCAUACGAGAAAUAGAUAUUUCUGAAUGGAUCUCUACUUAACAGUCUUGUGGAGUUGGGAGUCAUUUGUCUCAAUCAGAGAGAGAGAGAGAAAUAACCUGAAGAUAAUUUAUCAGAUUGCUUUCCUCUGGAUCAGACUAAUAAUCAGGUGUCUGUGAUUGUGAUAUCAUUCACAUGGCAAAAACAACCACACCUAUGAAAACAAAUCUUGCAAUUUAUUUGCGUGGAACUUUUUCUGUUCCGUUUGUUAUAUUCUAGAAAGCAGAUGGGAAGAGGGAAAAAAGCUGUGCAAGACAUUUGUUGUGAUAUUUCAAGGUCGCGCACCUGUAUUAAACCAAUCAGCACGCGGUUGUACACGAAAAUAAUUCAGUUUGAGAUCAAUGUGUGGUCUCACCAGUUGAAUACCAAUUAAAUGGUAUUUUCCAUUCAAGAUAUUUUUUCUUAAAUUGAGAAUAAGGUGUGUUGAAAAUGAAAAAAAUGAUGAAGUUUCAGUCCAGUUGGCUUCCUUAUGUGGUUUUGAGGCUCCAUUCAACCCGUAGUCGUGAAAAAGCUGACUCGCGAGUUAAAAGCCGUCAAAAAUCACCCUCUAACUUCAGACCCCCCAAACCCUGAAAUUAUCAUGCAUAACUAACGUACAACGAAAAGUUCAUGGUUUUGCAGGCUAGGUUUUGCAUGUAGAAAUUACCGUAUUAAAGGGAAAAAGGCUUCAAACUUUAUUACAGGUACUUGGCCUCAAGGCAGAAUCAUAGGUGCCUUGUGAUACCUUGAAUGAUGAUGAUGAGGAGGAAAUAUUCAAACUGUAUAAUCUCUGGUAUAAAGGAUUCAAAAUGGUGCAUUUACAUUUUAUUACGGGUAAUAUGAUUCCCUGUCAACGUCUUCAUUUUUGGCAACUAAAAACAUCACCGAGACACCACCUGUUUUGUCAUUGGAAUUUAUAUGAAGCUCUGACGUUUAUUAAGACGGCUGUUAAGAAGCCAAAAGGAUUUGUAGUAUACACACCUAAGAAAAUUUCAUUUGAAAUUGAUAUACAUGUACAAUAAACCUUGCAUAUAUUUUACUCGAAUUUAAACAAGAACUAGAUUCUUGUAUAUAAAACAAACAGGUUGUUCAAGUUAGAGGUCUGUAGGUGAUGUGUACCACUGAUUUCGCAAAUCCAGUCGAGUAAAUUUUUUGCACAGUUUAAUAUUUGAAUUUCUGUAUUUAAAGUGCGUUAAAGAUGCGUAGGAUUUUGUAUUUUGAAAAUUGAAAAAAGGCGUUUUAGUCUCCAAGUUUUCCAUUAUGAAACUCCCUGCAGAUGAGAUUGUGAGAUUUUCGUUUUCCUUGUGAAAGUUAUUUUCCAUCAAGUGAUUGAUGUCAUCUGUAAAUAGAUUUGAAAACAAUUUUGAUAUUCAUUCCAUUUUGAAUGUUGUGAAUUCCAGACAAUACCAUGACUUCCAAAACUUAUCUCAGGGUUGGGAGAAAUCUCAAAAUUGUAUUUUUUUGGUUAAAAAGAGGAAAAUAUGUCAGAACUAUUAAAUCCUGAGUGAUCUUAGGAGAGAACAUAUUAUGAUAUAGAACUUUGUGCCAAUAAGUAAUAUAAUGAGGUGUUAGGAGAUGUGGAUUGUAUUUGUAAGGAAUCGUUGUUUCAUGGAAUUUAGUCCAGGGUUCGAGGGUGGCUCUAGGUUUUAAAAUAUAUUUGCCAAAACACUCCAGUGUUGUCGCCUGUUCUGAACUCUCUCAGUCAUUACUAUAAAGUCCUGUUACAUGUUACCUACUGUUGGAGCUGCUGCAAUAUUUUAGUGGCUGAGAAAUUUGCGUAUAGACAACAAUUAUUACAUGUGUAUCAUUCAAAUUCAAUAUUGUAGACAAAUUAUUUUCCAAGUCGGCCAGUGUCCUUUGUUAACCGUUGGUGAGAAUCCAAGAGAGAAAGAGCUAACCCUGGAGUACAUAUUGCAUGACAGGUGCCAGACCAGCACGAUCAUUAGAACUGUCAGUGCUGGUUGUGUUUGGAAAACGACGUCAUUAUUUGGCCGAGUGCCGGUGUGUAACUCUGGUUAAAAUUAAAACAUGAAGUAUUAACUCUUUCAGCCCGUAACUCAUUUCGCACCGUUUGAUUUGAAAACCGAGGCGAAUUUCAGAAAAUCAGACAUUCAAAAUCGGCAGACGAUAGCACAAAUUGCAGCAUCAUCUGAUAACUCAAUCCAACUAUAAUCGUUUGAAAAGAUUGUCGACGCAUUGUCAUAUGUUGCUUGAGUCACCAUAUAAGGCAAAGGCAUCAUGUGACAGUGCGGGAAAUUUGAAUUUGAAAACAGUGAGUAUACGGUCUGCGGCUGUGAAAUCAAACAUGUAUAUACCGCUUGCGGGCUGAAAGAGUUAAACAAGCAUUCCUGGAAUAUCCUGACCUGAGUUGUCGGAUUGAUCAUCAACUGCCAUAUUUAGGGCUUUAAUUGAGAUAUUGCAUUAUGCAGCAGUUCACCUUCAUUGUAUACAGUGGUUACAAUCAUGAGAAACCAUAUCACGUCCAUCAAGAAUGGAGCCCGGUAUGACCUUUUGUUUCUUAUACUCUGUUCUUAAAGAUAUUGGAAUUCCAAGCGUCGAUCUCUCUAUCUUUGCUUGGUAAUUUGUAUAUAACCAUGUGUACAUGUGUUCUGUAGGGGGCCGUUUCAAUGAUUGUCUCUUUGUUUGAGGAAUUGAUACCAAGCUGGAGGUAUUGGUUGUCACACCAAAACCGCGAGGGUGGAGCUAAAAUGUUGACCAAAACCGAGUUGGUGAGGCAAUCAAUACUGACAGUGAAGUGUCAAUUUCUAUUCUAAACAUCUCAAAUUAAUCAGAUAAAGAAUAAUGUGGUUUUAAAUGCUUUUUGACUGCUGCCAUAUUUUGCACCAACCCAGGCGGUUAUGGUUGCCUAUAAACAUAACCGCUGAAUUCAAAAGGAGGCUUCAUUUGCACAUAGUGCAUUUACACUGUAAUGUACGGUUCGUUUUCUGACCCGGUUGUUUUAGAAUAUUUAACCAAAUGCUUGGUGGCAAUGCUGCCAUUAUUCCUGGUUACUCAGUUUCUACAACUUUUUGUGAACUGACUUCAUUCAAAGGUUUCAAAAUAAGAUGAGAAGCAUUAUGUUCUUGUCAGCUGAUCAAUUGCAUUUCACUCGGCAGUCGGCGCGUAAAAUUGGGGUCGAGACCAAUCAAUUUCAGGGCUUUCCAACAUGAGCAGCUUGUUGGGGUGCAAGGCUGCACUUUUGUGCCAAAAUUUUUUCUUCACUUUUCACUCGCAUUUAACCUCCAAACACACAACAAAUGAGUACGAGCAUGUCUCUCUUUGUUUUCCACACAUUUAUUGUGACAUCAUCUUUACAUCAGAAAGCCCUGAAUCAGUAACGACAGUGCAGUCAUUCUCAGCAGGAACUCAAUUUCUUCACAAGAGUGAAUUGCUAGGUUUUCCAUGUUGUGGCAGAAAUGUUGUAUUCAGCCAUACUGCAAGAAAGUUGAUUGUUUUAUUCACAGAUAACAGUCUGUCUGGAAUCCUGCCUCGCACUUCACUGCAUCAAAGUAUACAGAAAGUUCAUUAAUGUACAUGUUAAAUGGGGCUGACACCCAUCAGUACUUUUAGUAUUUGGUCAAAAUUGGUGAAAUAGUCCUGAAAACCAUUGAAAUUUUCCUUCAAGAUCACUUGCAAAACUACUGAAAGUCCUUGUAACUGGGUGAAAAAUACUGAAAGAAAGGGAGCUUCUUGACAAUAGAUCCUGAUAGACUUCCAAGAGGGUUGGCAGCUCGGUUGUUUUUAUACUCCUGACUGAAAAUGCUCAAUUCAUGUAAAAUAUGGUUUCUGUAUUUCAUUCUUUGUUGAAAAACGUUUAUUUCGCAGAUGUAUUGUGUAUUGUACAUGCCAAGAAUUUUGUGAAUUAGUGUGAAAUUCAUGAAUUGGCCUUGGACAUCACGAGAAUUGUAACAAUGCAUGAUAAACACAUACAUGUACUUCUAUUACAUAGUAUUCAAGGGAACGUCUGGGCUCAAUCCGCAAAGUUUCUUGCACAAAAAACUACACCUCAUUUCGGCUACAGAAUAUUGUUUUAGCCUCCAAAUCAUUUGUGUAUAUGAUAGCUCUUUGCCUGUGGAAUAGUGGUGAACCAGUUGAUAUCGAGAAAAUUGUGCUGAUUACGUUACAUUUUGCCAUAACCACCUGAAAUGUUUUCAGUUCAUGUCGCUUGUUAGCAAAGUUAAAAAAUGAGUUCCUGUUUGUCCUAAUGUAAUGCUGAACAUUCAUUUGCCUGUGAUCUUUAUGUUGGCUGUGUUUCAGAGAUGAUAUUGGCAAAAAGUUGGCACCUGUUACGUAUUUCUUAGGCUGAAGUUCUUUCCUUCCAAAUGAUUGUGAUUAUGUGCCUUGUGGUGUGGGCUUCACUGUGUUUGAGGCAGAAAUGGACGAUCAACUUUAAAAAAAAAUCCGCUUGGGAUGUCAACCAGUUUAUAUUUUGAUUGUUGGUGUGAUGAAAAUUUGUAAGUGCCCAAAGUGUGUCUUUUUGUACGGUCACCUGAAGCCUCUCAAUUAAUAACAGUAGUUAUCACUGACUCACCCCUGCAACUUGACAUUUCUAUGUCAGCUGUGCCACCUCAGUCUUAUCAUACCAGAACCGAAUAGCAAUUCUUGGUUAAAAACUGAAGCCAAGUUAUCAACAAAUUGGCACUGAAACCCGACGAAAUUUCUACUUAUAUGAGCCUGUUAGCAACAACCCAGUUGAAACUUUCAAGUACAUUGUGUACUAGUGAACUAAAAAAAUUGCCUUUGGAAGUUCUAAAUCCUUUUCAUCUGUGUCUAAUUGACGGUACUUGUUGGCGCACUGGCUCUUCUUGCCCCAAUGCCACUGGACUUUUCCUUGAGUAAAGAGGCCAGAAACAGGCAGAUACACCAUCUCUUUACCAUUGACCCCAAGUUGUUUUUUUAGGCCGCUCACCAUGGACAGUUCAUUCACCACUCAAUAACCCCAUCAAGCAGUAGCAGUUGAUAGAUGUACAGUGGAACCUCCCUCAGCAGACACCCCUUAUUAAACGACAACCUUUCUUUUGAGGUCACUAGUUUUGGUCCCAAAUUGGUUGUUUUCAUUCAGUUUUACCUCUCUAAUCAGGACCCCUCUCUAUUAACCCUUUAAGGACUAAAGGUGUUCAGAUGAUCACACCGGUCCGACAGAGAUGUGCUGAAUAGAAAAGGUACAGCGUAGAAUCUGGAGAAUCUCCCAGUGUGUUUCUAAAACAUGGACUGGGCCAUUUGCUGCAGCCGGAACGAAGUUCUAACGGGGACUCUAUUGCUCGCAAAGAUGCGAGAUCAGGCCGUAACGACGGAAAUUGGUUGCUCGCAGUGCAGCGCGAGAGUAGUCUUUAAAGGGUUAUGAACAGCAUUUAUCAGUCCAUAGGGUGUCUUGAAUAGAGAGGUACUAACGGUACUUGCUAUAUUGAAGUGUGGUACCAAAUUCCAGCUCGAACUAUUCCAGCCUUUGACAAGAUGGAGUUAUUGUUUGAUUAGUGUUUUCUGCUCAAAGAUUCCCAUGUUAGGAGGUAAUGAAGCUUCCAUUAUUAUUGAAGGCAUAACAACGCAUGUAAUGUAAUCGUCCAGAUUUUGUUGUCGUUGUGAAUUUCUUAAAAUGCGUCUACCGGUUAUUGUAAUUUGGCAUUGAACAUCAUCAUCUAAUUGGUUCAGGGUGGGGAAGGCAGUAUUUUGUUGGUGGCGGUGGUGUCAUCGAAUGACUGUGAAAAUGAGAAAUUAGUAUAAAUUGCGGCAGGAAAGAUGGCUCUCUGAUAGGACAGAUCCACGGAACCAUCUGAUUUCAGACUUUGGUUCAGAUUUGCUAUAGUGGAGUUGGAGAUGUUUAGAAAUGUUUCAUAUUGCUGUCAUUUCAGUAAUUGCCAUUUGAUUUUUAUGAUACCUACCUCUGAUGAAUGUUGGCAUAAAGAAGUGUAGCUGUAAUAUAUUCAAAACUUAAUUCUAACUAUGCUGCCCAAGAAAAUGGUGACACUUACUGGAAAAGGAGUGCCAUGUUAAACGCAUUUGAAGUCACGAUGCAUCGUCCAUUACAUGAACACAACAACAGCGCUGAGACACAUACAUUGCAUGUACGAUGUUUACGUGCUUGACUUUGCUGCCCUGUUCAUUUCUGCAUUUUUCGGGAUUGAUAGUUAUCGGAGAGAAGUUUUCGAUGGAUUAAAGCUACGUGACAUAAUGUCAAGAUUCAUUUGAGGUUCACCUUCUGAAAACUGCAGCACACUUAUGACAUAUUUGUCAACAUCUCGAACACUAUUAUACAUGUAGGUUUGUUAAAAAUAAAGGGAUUUUGAUACAGUCAACAUGUAUUGUAUAAGAAAAAACGAAAUGAAUGAGAGUUGUACAAGAACACGUCUGCUCUGUAUCAGGUCUGACCGUGGACUGACUUGUAAUGUGUAUUUGAGUCUGAAUGAAGCAUUUGAAUAAGGGAGGGUGUGGCUUGUAGAACUUCUUGACUUGUUAUACUGUCAGACACUAGGGUGGAAUUCAGUUCACAGUUUGGCUGUGACAUUUUAUGGUCAUCUUUUUGUGAUGAUUCACAUGCACAUGUAAUUAAAAAAGUAUUUGUUGAUUUUCUGUCAGACUUUUGCAUUUUCUAUGUAAAUA